ACAAGACCACUACCGAGCCGAGCUUACAGGCUUCCUUCCGACGCCAUCCACCUUCCCAGAGCCAGACAGCAACUCAAACCUGCAGUAAAACAUGAGCUUCACAGUGGAAGAGAGGGGGAACCCAAACUCUCUGACUUACCGCUUGUUCUUCAGGAAAAAUACCUCCAUCGCCCCUUCCGUCAGGCGGCAGUUCCACUUGGAUGGACUCCGGCAGCCAACCAACGGGAAAAAUGCUGAAGGAAAGUACAUUUCACCAUUCCAUGAUAUACCAAUGUAUGCUGAUGAGAGUCAGAACAUCUUUAACAUGGUUGUUGAAGUACCAAGAUGGACAAAUGCAAAGAUGGAGAUUGCUACAAAAGACCCCUUGAACCCAAUAAAGCAAGAUGUGAAGAAGGGCAAGUUGCGUUAUGUUGCCAAUGUGUUCCCACAUAAAGGCUACAUAUGGAACUACGGAGCCAUACCUCAGACAUGGGAAGAUCCAGCACACAAAGAUGGAGACACUGGCUGCUGUGGUGACAACGACCCCAUUGAUGUCUGUGAAAUUGGAAGUAAGGUAUGUUCCCGUGGAGAAGUAAUCAAAGUGAAGGUACUCGGGAUCCUGGCCAUGAUCGAUGAGGGUGAGACUGAUUGGAAAGUGAUUGCAAUCAAUGUGGAGGACCCUGAAGCCAGCGACUUUAACAACAUCAGCGAUGUCAAGCGCCUGAAACCUGGCUAUCUGGAGGCCACGGUCGACUGGUUCAGGAGGUACAAAGUGCCAGAUGGGAAACCAGAGAACCGGUUUGCUUUCAAUGAUGAGUUCAAAGACAAGGACUUUGCCAUUCAAGUAAUCAAGAGCACUCACACAUUCUGGAAAGACCUCAUUUCCCAAAAGACCAGUGCUGGGGAACUGAACUGCAAAAACACUUGUGUCUCGGCCGGCGACAGCCCUUACUGCUGCUCAGCGGAUGAGGCUAAAGCUACCGUUGGUGGGACAUGUCCUUGUGGAAAAGAGGAACCUUUCCCCUCAUCAGUAGAUAAAUGGUUCUACUAUGAGAAGAAGUAAACCACCAGCUGCUUGGAUUGGAAGAAAAUAGGAAUUCUUGAAGAUGUUUCACAUUAGGAACCAAUGGGAUGGUGGGAUGGGAUGUGGCAGGUUUGGUCUGUGUUGUCUGUUUUCCUGUAGAUGGACACAUAGUGGAUAGAUGCUGUAGAGAAAAAGAAACGUCAAAAAGUGCUCAUGUCUUGACCAAUGAAUUUCCAUUUAUUUAACAAAGAUCUCUUUGGAGAUGUGCUGUCAAAAACCAAGUACAGAUACAAUGCCUAGUAGAUAAUUGUGCCCUGUAUGCUAUUCUGAACUGCUUUAAUAAAGCUUCUCCAGUUAAAUUAUCA